AUGGCCUUAGGCAGUCCUUUCUUUGAGAAAGUCUUCUACCAUACUCCGUAUGUUGGCCCGGUACCCAUACCGAUAACGGAUGUCACUCCAGAAGCUUUCCGCUGUGUUAUGCACUACUUGUACACUGACCGUGUGACCUUCAAAGGUGACUAUGAAGCUUUCGCCACUUAUGUAGCUUCCCACCACUUUGAAAUGGACAGUCUAAAAAUGGAAUGUGAAGAUUACAUAUCAUCCCUCGACAUCCAACCGCAGAACGUUUGGAGCCGAUUGGAGAAUGCGAGCCGUUUGCUUAUGGCGAAAAUUGUGCGGAAAUGCUUGACUUAUAUACAGCGAAACACGUUACGAUGUUUGACGAAUGAUGCAUUUAUGUCAGCUAAGCCUGACUCAAUUUUGAGGCUUCUCCAAAUGGAAAUAUUGGAGGUCUCGGAAAUCACACUUUUAGAAUGGUUAAUGUGCUGGGCUAAAAGGAACAUUGGAACCGACCACAACCUGUAUCUCAGAGAAUUUUUGGCACCUUGUUUAAUUCAUAUUCGUUUUAAAGCAAUAACAGCGAAGGAAUUUUGCCGCUUUACUAAAAACUAUCCUCAAUUAUUGGAUGAAAAUGAUGUGCUGAAAAUACUGCAAUAUCUGGAACUGCCGCAUGCAAAUGAGCUGCCACAAUGGUGCUGUAAACUUCCAAAAAGAAAACGGUGUUAAAUGUGUGCCUUUAAUAUCCUGAAACAUCUUUCGAUGGCUGUGAUCAAGGAGGUUAGAAUAAAUGGAGUAAAGCCUUCCCUCCCGCCUGUGCCCAGUGCAGUGAAAAUGAAACCGUGAAAUGUCACGGUAUGACGUCACGAC